UGCCUUACACAACAAAUGACUGAAAAUAAUACGCAGUUAGAAAAGCGUUUGGUACAACAGAUUACAGAAAAUAAUACACAAGUGCAAGAGAAAUUUUCAAAAUUUGAAGACGAAUUAAGCACAAUAAAAAAUGACGAAGAAAAUUUAAGAUCAGAAUUUCUUCAACUGAGUAAUCGUAUGCGAGAACUGCAACUGCAUGGCCCUGCACCAUCAACAAAUAAUCCAAGAUUGAAGGCACCCACAUUCGAUGGAAGUAUUCCAUUUCAAAUUUUCAAACUUCAGUUUGAAAAGACAGCAAUGGCCAAUAACUGGAAUGCAGCGGACAAAGUGGCGUCCUUGUUUGUAUCAUUGAAAGGGCCUGCGGCAGAAAUCCUUCAGACUAUUCCAGACUGUGAACGGGACAACUAUGAGGCAUUGAUGAGUGCGAUAGAAAGACGAUAUGGUAGUGAGCACCGGAAACAAAUAUACCAGAUCGAACUGCAAAAUAGGGGUCAGAAAAUGAACGAGUCAUUGCAAGAGUUCGCAACUGAAAUAGAACGACUGGCUCAUUUGGCAAAUGCAGAUGCACCUGUGGAUUACAUUGAGAGGGUAAAAAUUCAAUGUUUCAUAAAUGGAAUUCGUGAUGUGGACACCAAACGCGCCACAUAUGCAUUGCCAAAAAGAACGUUUGCUGAAACGGUUUCGCACGCCCUCACACAGGAAACAGCUUCCCUACUAAGUAAACCAGCACACAAGGUACAAAGGGUUGAAAUGGAACAACCGGCGCUGAUGGAAGAAAUAUUGAAGACUCUGAAGACAAUUGCUGCACCGCGAGUAAAUACAACAGGCAGAUGUUUCAACUGUGGAAAAGCGGGUCACUUUGCCCGAAAUUGCAAUAUAAAGGUAAACCCAUCAAAACGGAACCAACCAACAGAACACCGAAAGAGGAUUCACCACAAAAAUGCGGAUGCAUUAUCGCGUCGCCCUUGUCCACCGGAACGUAAACAUUGCUCCAAAUCAGAGAGAAAAGAAGGUAUAAUCGACGUGCGAUUACUGAAUAUAGAACCUGAAGAUGAUUGGACUCCUCACCGCAUCAGAAUCAAUCAGCUGGAGGACCCUGAUCUUACAAAGCUGGUAAUGGCCAAAGAAAAUGGGGUACGACCACCAAAGGAACAAAUAAGUAACGAGAGUCCAACGGCAAAAGCAUAUUGGGCCCAAUGGAACAGCAUAAACCUCGUUAAUGGAUACCUUCAUCGUACCUGGGAAAGCGAAGAUGGCAAACAGUCUCGUCUGCAGAUCAUAGUACCGAAGUCCAUGAUCCCAAAAGUAUUGAAAGAAUAUCACAAUGGACCUAGUGGAGGGCACCUUGGAAUUACAAAAACUAUAGAGAAGAUUAAACAACGGUUCUACUGGAUCGGUUGUCGAGAUUCCAUAGCAGAAUGGAUAAGUAAUUGCGUAGAGUGCAUGGCAGCUAAAGGUCCUAAAGCCAAAAGUCGCGGUAGGCUACAACAGUACAACGUGGGAUCACCAUUUGAACGAGUCGCAAUGGAUGUUGCAGGUCCGUUCCCAACCAGUACGGCCGGAAACAAAUAUCUACUGGUUGUCAUGGACUAUUUCAGUAAAUGGCCAGAAGUAUAUGCCUUACCAAACCAGGAAGCGAAGACAUUAGCCGAAGCGUUUGUAGAAAAUUGGAUAACAAAGUUCGGAGUGCCCGUCGAAUUACACUCAGAUCAAGGCAGGAAUUUCGAAUCUUCCAUUUUUCAAGAAGUCUGUACAUUAUUGGGCAUCCACAAGACACGGACAACAGCGUUACACCCACAAUCAGAUGGGAUGGUAGAGAGAUUCAACCGAACGCUCGAAGAACAUCUGCGGAAAAUCGUUGAUAAAGACCAACGGAAUUGGGACAAGUGCAUCCAGAUGUUCCUGCUGGCGUAUCGUUCAGCGAAGCACGAGACAACUGGUUACACGCCAGCAAAGAUUAUUUUCGGAUCUGAUCUGCGACUCCCUGCUGAUCUUAAGUUUGGUACGAAUCCUACAGCUGUAAGAAAUGAUGGAGAUUAUUGUUCUGCCUUAAAGGAAGAAAUGAAUGAAUUGCAUCUAAUGGUAAGACAGCAUACGCAUCUGAUGAGCAAUAAGAUGAAGGACCGGUUCGAUCAAGCGGCAAAUUCAAAAGGUUUUGAAGAAGGUGAUCUGGUCCUGUUGUACAAUCCACUUCGAAAGAAAGGCUUGUCCCCGAAAUUGCAGACAGCCUGGGAAGGACCCUAUAUGGUAAUGAAACGACUUAAUGACGUGGUAUACCGCAUACAAAGAAAUGGGAAAGCACGAUGUAAAAUGAAAGUAGUACAUUUGGAGAGGCUCGCCCCACUUGGUUCAAGAGGAUUUGUGCCUAAUCGGGACGAUUAGGCUUUAGUGGAGGGCAGUGUUACAAAAGUAGUAUUAAGUUGUAUUUGUAUUACUAUAUGCAUCCCUGAUUAUGAACAAUAGCUGUAGGUAUAUGGAAUAGCAUUUGUCUUGUUGUAGACAUCUGGCGCCACACUGUCUGCUCGUCUAGUUAAACAAUUGCUGAGUCUGGCGCCGCGACUGUCUGCUUGCGUCUGGCGCCGUAUAGCCGUAAGUUCUGGUAAUUUCCAGACGCGAUAUUCUAGAAGGACACGUCGGCAUCAGCGAGAAGUGCGUGGCUAGAGCCGUAUGUUCUGGUAAUUUCCAGACGCGAUAUUCUAGAAGGACACGUCGGCAUCAGCGAGAAGUGCGUGGCUAUAUAAGCCGUGGCAGCGCCAACGUAAUCAAUCAGUGCUAAGAGUAAACUGCUAUAGUGUAGACGAGUUGUGAAAUAAAGAGUUGUUGAAUUAAAUUAAACAGUGUUGAUUUUAUUUGUCAAUCCAGAGAUACGAACCUAACAAAGUAAACUAGCAAGAGUAAAUUCGUAACAAUAUAUAGAGAAAAUAGUACAAAUGGCUUUUGUAUCUUAUGAUAUUUGAUAAAUAUCGACAAAAAGAUAACCCUGGUCGGUCCAACACUGGUGUUCAUAGUUCUUUUGUGUCGAACUACUCUCUGCACUGGCGGCCUUCGGCCGCGCUUCAAAAAAAAAAAAAAUAGCCCUGGUCGAACUAUUCUCUGCUCACCAUCAAAAAAAUAACCCGAACACCUAUAUUAAUCAAAAGGAGAGAAAUACUGAAAAACUUUGCAUUCUAUAAUAAGUUUUUUCUAUUGAUUAUGUAUUUAUUAUGGUAUAUAAUCCAUAUAAAUAUGUGAAACAAUAUCUCAUUUUGAAUCAUUUAUAUCUGUAUAUAUGAAACAGAUUUUUGAUUAUAUUUUCAGGACACAAAGUAUGGCAACACUGCUAUUUGUCAUAUAUGUAAACACUCAAAUCUCUUGAAAGUUUGAAUGUGCAAAAUAGUUUUUAAGGUAUUUUUAUUUUCUUAAAAAAUACACAAUUAGUGUACAUUUUUGAUAUAUUCAAAUGUGUACAGUGUAAUUAAAUAUAUACAUAUUAAUUGAAAAAUGUGUGGAAAGUGGGUUAAACGUAGUGAAAUAACGAGCAUUAUUUUUACAAAUUUUUGAACUUUAAAUAGAAAUAUCUCGGAAACUAUGAGUCUGAGGAGGGUAUAUGUGUAUUAGAGUGUGCCAUUCUGAGGCAACCUUUUUUUCAACUGAAAAGCAGGCUUAAAACUUUCGAAAAUGUGUAAAAAAAAGUCACCCAAAAGAUGAGCUCUUAAUAUUAAUAUUAAGAGGUGCCUAUUUCAAAUUUUCUGUUUUCCAUAUAAAUUACAUGGAAAAAAAUAAUUUUUUUUUGUGGUGGUUAUUCUGCGGAGGUUUUAUAUGUGCCCCGAUGGCUGCCAGUAGGGAUGGUAAACUCGAUCUCGAUUCUACUCGAGAAUCGAGUUUUCUCGUAAAAUAAUCGGUUUUUCGAAUGUCAAGAACCGGUUCUUAAUCCACUUCGACUACUGAAAAUCGAAAAAAGGUGGUUUUUUAAUGCCAAUUUGACAAUUUUCAACCAAUCAAAAAGAUCGUAGUCUAUUGUAUAGCAAAUAUAUUCAACUAUACCCAGUUUUAAUUCGAUCGGUCAAUUUCUCGUUGAGUUAUGAUGUCAGCAAUUUUAAAAAUGUCGUUUCGAGAAAAACGCGUUUAAAGUUUCACUUAUAUAUAGUAUGUUUGCACCUCUGAGCGGUCGCUGUUUAGAACGCUGUCAUUCAAAAACUAUUCAAGAUACGACCUUGCCGAUUUCACAGGAUAUUUUUGAAUAUAUAAACUAUGGAAAAAGUAAAAAGAAAAAUAUUUUUUUUUGAAAGUGUCACACUGGUAUAGCCCCUUAAAGUUCAAAAAUUCAACUAUUUAGAAUGCGUGUUUCUACGAUUUAUUUGAAUUUUAAACUUAUAUUUUUGUCUUUUAUGUCCAGUUACACUUCAGUACUUUGUUUCUACACAAUAAUUAACAAUUUAAAAAAAAUCAAGCUUUUUUGUCUUAUUAAAUAGUGCAAUAUGUUUAAAAUAUUCGCCCAAAAUAAUAAAAUAAACGAUCCGAGUAAAAUUCUAAGAGAUAGACCCUUCGAAAGUUUCGCCCAGCAGGUCACGUCGGUGUAGCGCACCAACUUUAAAUGCGUUUUUCUCAUAACUCCAUUCUUGAAGUCCGUGGACACGAUUUCUCGAAAAGUUAUGAACCGAUUUAGUUCGAAUUGUGUACACAUCUUAAGAAUAACAUUAUCUACUUAUUGAACGAAGGAUUUUUGUUUUUCCCAUUACAACUUAUUUUUAAAGCCAAUAAAUUUUGUACACAUCUUUGGAAUAACAUUAUCUUGUUAUUGAACAUAGGAUUUUGGCUUUUUUCAUUACAACUUAUUUUUUUAAGUCAAUAAAUGGCGAAUAUUUGACCAAAAAAUGUAAGGAAAUAUGAGACGGGACUACGGAACGGAAUAUUGUUGGUUAUUUAAUUUUAAAUGAACCAAUAAUAAGUUAUGCUGUCCACGGCGAGAGCACGUUUUUGUAACACCCAGAGAGAUGAGUUCUCAAGGACUGAAUUUCCAACGUUUUUAUAUUAAAAUUUCAGAAGACAUUGUUCAAAUAUGUACAUGUCAUAUUCUAUUUUUGAAAUAUAUUAUUGCUUACAUUAAAAAAAGUUAAAAUACCUUUUUUUGUACUUCUGAAACCCACCUAACCCUUUAAAGAAAAACAACCCUGGUCAAUCCAACACCGAAAUUUAUCAAAAAAGGGACGUUCUGAAAUAUUAAUACAUAUAUGAGUAAAAUAAUCAUUCCCCAGUUUAUAUCACAUUAUCUACUGUCUGUCAUAAUCCGGCACGUUGCUCCCUAUUUGUUUUAACCAACUUUGCAAUUAGAAUAAGUGAUAAUAAGUGAAAUGAGUAGUAGAUGCAAAAUAGUGGAUUUUGUAAAUUCAUAACUUAGCUCACGUUGCAUAAAAGCACCGAAAAUUUCGGCACUAUUCCGAUUACAAUGGCGGUCGGGUAAAAAACACGAAUUUCGGUAUAAAUGGGGUAUUUGCUCAUAUGGGAGCUUCCCCAGUGGAGGAUUAUGCAAAAAUAAUGUUGCUAACACUUACAUUUUUUAAAAUAUUCCCGAUUAAAAAUUCAAAAAUUUGUAUCAAUAACACAUAGUACAAUAUUUCACAAUGUUUCACUAAACUUUUUCACAAUUUUCACUUUUUAUAUUGAAAUAUACACUCUAAACAUUAAAAUAAGAUCACGUUUCACUUAUAUUUUGUUAUUUUUUAGCUAAAUUUAUUAACUUAAAAAUCAAAAUGCAAAAUGCACACUCAUAGUUAAAUAGGUUAGAUUAGAAUGAGCGUUGCCACAUCUUAAACACCAAAUAUGAAGACUUUUUUAACAACAGCAUUUUAUUUGUUUUUAUUUUCGCAUUAUUCUGCUUUCUUUAUGAUCUAUCAAAAAAAUUCUUCCCAAUAUUUUUAAAGCUAUAAUUGAAUAUAUAAAGCGUGUGCCGCCUUCGGCCGCGCUCUAAAACAAUAAUUCUUCUGGCGCCAAUACCCUGGGUGACUGAAGCACUUUCGCAUAUUACUCCUUUCAGCGUUGGGGGCAUUCGGCCGCGCUCUAAAAAAAUUACCCUGGUCGGGCCAAUAGUCGGGGUGACUGAAGUACUUUUGAGUAGUAAAAAAAAAAAAAUAAUCCUGAUCGAUCCAAAACCCGCGGCAACCUAAAUACUUUAUUAUUUUAUUACGUAAUAUUAUCAUGUAAUAUUACUUAGUUGCUUAUUAAAUUUAAAUAAGAAAAUAUACAUAUGCAUGGAUAAAUUGUUUAUACUCAUUUUAAUUUGAAAUAUAAUUUAUCGACACACUUGUUUUUAUUAGAACUAAGAUUGCUAAAUAAAGAAAGCAGAAUUAUAGCGAAAAAGAGAAAUUUCAGCGAAUUGCUGAUGUUUGCUUAUCAUCAUAUGGCAGCGCUCCAUUUCAUCAUAAUUGUUAGCACAAUAAUGAAGUUUUUAACAGUACAACCAACUUACAAAAAAAAUUUUACCGUUUCGAAAACGCGUGAAGUUUAAAUUAAAAAUUCAACUUUCAAUUUCAUCACAGUAGUAUUUGACUUGACUUUUUUUCUUUUUUUAUGAAAGUAUGACUUAACUGUUCCCUCGACAGUCGGGUCUACGUAACCGGAACGGACCCGGAUUCUUAUACGGCCAAGGACUGUCAUCUUGGCAGAAUUCUGUCGCUACAACAACAACAACACUUGACUUCAGUAUCUACUUGCACUUAACUAGCUUGCUUCUACGCAUUUAAUUCACAUUUAAUAGUUCAUAAAUUCUAUUUAUUCACGAAAUAACGAUAACAUAGGGCUUGCAUGAAAACAAUGAAAAUAAGUUGGUAUUUUUUCCAUGUAGCGUAAAUUAAUAAAAAUAUUAAUUUUCUGGUCUAAUAAUGAAAAUAGGCAUAUUUUUCAACGAAAAUGGUUUUUUUUUUCCGUUGGACUUGGCUCGCGGAAGACCCACACGAUCGAUUGCUGUUUCGUUUUGGGCUCAUACGCAUAGAUCCAUGAUUCGUCACCUGUGACGAUCUUAUAAACGUCUUUUGAAGCACCGCGAUCGUAUUUUUCAGCAUUUCUUUACACCAAUCCACACGAGCCUUCUUUUGAGCGAUUGUCAAAUUGUGCGAGAACAAACCUUUUUUACGGCCAGGUGUUCAUGCAAUAUCGAAUGUAUGCUGGUGGGAGAAAUGCAUAGGUAUGCCUCUAUCUGAAGGUAUGUGGCCAUUUUUUGGCCGAGAUGAAUUUUUUAAUCCCCUGUAAAUAAAACAAUUUAGGAUUAAAUGACAAAACGUUCUGAGUGAUGUUAUGCUAAAAAAUGUCAAACUUUCCAAUGGAAAUGUCAUAUUGCACCUGGCAACACUUUGUGUUGCCUUCUUCUUCUUUACUGGCGUAGACACCGCUUACGCGAUUAUAGCCGAGUCAACAACAGCGCGCCAAUCGUUUCUUCUCUUCGCUACGUGGCGCCAAUUGGAUAUUCCAAGCGAGGCCAGGUCCUUCUCCACUUGGUCCUUCCACCGGAGUGGAGGUCUUCCUCUUCCUCUGCUUCCCGCGGCGGGUACUGCGUCGAAUACUUUCAGAGCUGGAGUGUUUUCAUCCAUCCGGAUAACAUGACCUAGCCAGCGUAGCCGCUGUCUUUUAAUUCGCUGAACUAUGUCGAUGUCGUCGUAUAUCUCGUACAGCUCAUCGUUCCAUCGGAUGCGGUAUUCACCGUGGUCAACGCGCAAAGGACCAUAAAUCUUUCGCAGAACUUUUCUCUCGAAAACUCGCAACGUCGACUCAUCGGUUGUUGUCAUCGUCCAAGCCUCUGCACCAUAUAGCAGGACGGGAAUUAUGAGCGACUUAUAGAGUUUGGUUUUUGUUCGUCGAGAGAGGACUUUACUUUUCAAUUGCCUACUCAGUCCGAAGUAGCACCUGUUGACAAAAGUAAUCCUGCGUUGGAUUUCCAGGCUGACAUUGUUGGUGGUGUUAAUGCUGGUUCCUAAAUAGACGAAAUUAUCUACAACUUCAAAGUUAUGACUGUCAAAAGUGACGUGAGAGCCAAGUCGCGAGUGCGACGACUGUUUGUUUGAUGACAGGAGAUAUUUCGUCUUGCCCUCGUUCACUGCCAGACCCAUUUGCGUUGCUUCCUUGUUCAGUCUGGAGAAAGCAGAACUAACGGCGCGGAUGUUGAGGCCGAUGAUAUCAAUAUCAUAUAAAAGAUUGUACCUGCUCGAUUAAGUUCUGCAGCUCGAAUAAUUUUCUCCAGCAGCAGAUUGAAGAAGUCCCACGAUAGGGAGUCGCCUUGUCUGAAACCUCGUUUGGUAUCGAACGGCUCGGAGAGGUCCUUCCCGAUCCUGACGGAGCUUUUCGUGUUGCUCAACAUCAGUUUACACAGCCGUAUUAGUUUUGCGGGGAUACCAAAUUCAGACAUCACGGCAUAAAGGCAGCUCCUUUUCGUGCUGUCGAAAGAAGCUUUGAAAUCGACGAAUAGGUGGUGCGUGUCGAUUCUCCUUUCACGGGUCUUUUCCAAGAUUUGGCGUAUGGUGAAUAUCUGGUCGGUUGUUGAUUUACCAGGUCUGAAGCCACACUGAUAAGGUCCAAUCAGUUUGUUGACGGUGGGCUUUAAUCUUUCACACAAUACGCUCGAUAGAACCUUAUACGCGAUAUUAAGGAGGCUAAUCCCACGGUAGUUGGCGCAGAUUGUGGGGUCUCCUUUUUUAUGGAUUGGGCAUAGCACACUUAAAUUCCAAUCGUUGGGCAUGCUUUCGUCCGACCAUAUUUUACAAAGAAGCUGAUGCAUGCUCCUUAUCAGUUCUUCGCCGCCUUGUUUGAAUAGCUCGGCCGGCAAUCCGUCGGCCCCUGCCGCUUUGUUGUUCUUCAGGCGGGUAAUUGCUAUUCGAAC